AUGGGCUUGACGACCGUCUCCGCGAAGCGUUCUCGGAAGCCUCUCUAUUACGACAGGAAGGUGCAGGGAGUGGAGAUUCAGUGCAGGAACGCGUAUCGACGCUUCGACAAGACAGUCUUCCUCAAAGUGGCCCAGCGUCAGCGCGACGAAGACCAGGAGGCAUUUCGCACGGCUCUGGGAAAAUUACGACAGCAUCCAUUAUUCACGGAGUCUUGGGAGCUCCUGUCCGGCCGCGUACAGGCGAAGCUAGCGGACCAGGAAGUUACGAGGCCUGUCAUCCAAAUCACGGCGAGGACUGUCGGCACCGGCGCGGCGGCAGCCCCCGACGACAAGGCGGAGGUUGGCCUCUGCAACGGCGCUCGCGGUACAGUGUACGACAUGGCCUGGGCACCUGGAGCCAACCCGAUUAGAGACCAGCCGUGUGCCAUCAUGAUUGAGUUUGACAAAUACACUGGACCGGCAUUCUUGACCACCACGGAUGGCAGAAAGAUUGUCCCAAUUCUGUCUGUAGACAGAGAUUUCUUGAUUAGAACGACACUGUGCACUCGCACGCGAUUUCCCUUGAUCGUGUGUUACGCCAUUACAGUGCACAAGUCGCAGAGCAUCACAGAAGACACUGAGGGAUCAGCAACUGCGAAAGCGACAAGUUCUCACGCACACUCCCUAUAA